GUGACAGAGUACGUAUAACCUACUGCUAGUGCAUUUGUAUUUCACCAUUUAAAGAUUCAAUAAUAAAAUGGAACGCAUCUUAAUAAAAAAUAUUAGGAAAUAUCCCUGCCUAUGGGCGACCACCAGCGAAGAAUAUAAAAUGUAUCACAUUAAGAACGCUGCUUGGAGAGAUGUAAUAAAAGAAUGCGGUUUACAGGACAUAAAAGAGGCAAAAAAUUUAUGGAAGAAGCUUAGGGAUGGCCAUAGACAAUCACUCAAUAGGAGGAAAACCAUAACCGGGGAGGCUGAUUCUCGCAGGAGAAGCUGGAAAUACGAUAAAAUGAUGGAGUUCCUGCUUCCAUACAUGGCAAAUAGACCAAGAACCACUGAUUAUGCAUCUACAAGCGAAAAUCAAGACUUGGAGGAAUCUGAAAAUAGUACAGCCGAUGAAAUAGAUACCUAUGAAGUAGAUUUUAAUACAAUAGACCCUAAUUUGGAAAAUAAUUUUGAAAGUAAUACGAAAAAAAGGAAGGCUAAUGAUAGCAUAACCGAAGACGAAAAAAAAACAAGCGAUAUAAGAGCAGCUGAAAGAGAUUUGUUAGGGAGAGUAUCAGUAACAGAGCAAAAACAGAAGGAUGCAAUGAAGUCUUUCUUCGAUACAAUGUACGAAAUGAGCAAAAAUUUGCCAGAACACGCCCAAAUGCAGAUACAGCGUGAAGUUUUUAACAGUGUGAUGCAGGUUCGAGAAGAAAAUUCAAGAUCUAAAAGUACAGUUUACAACGUGACACAGAAACCACCCUUGAGACUUCCAUUUCCAACCACCUCAACACCUCGACCUAGUUCCACAUCUAGACAUGUAUCAUCACAUAUUAAACAAAGCCCUCAAUCCCCACAUUCAGUGUUCUUACUUGCGUCUUCACCUCCGCAUACAGCCAUAUCAAACUCAAAUGAAAACAUCACCGAUAUUAAAACUUAUAAUGAAGAUUCGGACUAAUUAAAAUACUGAGUUUAUUACUUAUCUGUACUUACCUAUACACUGAGUUUGAGUAACUGUGAA